AUGUGUGAUGGCCACGUUGCGACAAUUUCAGCAGAAACAGAAGAAGCAAACGGAAAACUGUCCGCAAUUAUCAUGAACUCGUUCAUCAUUCUCGCUGUUCUUGUAGCCAUCGCUGCCGCCAUGCCGACCGAAGGAGGACUCACCGGAGGACGUUCCGUCCCACACCCAAGUGAGUUUCAGCCGGAAUCGUACUAAUACAAAACAAUGAUUUACAGACUCUGCUGCUGGACAAGCUCUUGCUAACAAGGACCUUUCCGGAUCGGGAGGACUCACCGGUGGAUCCGCUGUCCCACAUCCAAGUGAGUUUUUCAGUUCAAUCCUUCAAAUGUUCAAUAUCAACCUUUUUUCAGACUCCGCUGCCGGACAGGAGCUUGCUAACAAGAACCUCGAGGAGAAGAGCGUCUUGGAGGGAGGAACCCAGGUGAAGCCAUGGCUCAAGAACCAGCCGGAUCUCGCCGCCAUCCGCCAGAACCACCAGUCCCAGCAGUAA